UAUGUUUCAUAUCUAAACAUCAUAAUAAAUCUGUAGUGGUUUGGAUCCCUUUUAGUUCGGUGCUCCAGACAGUUGCCUACUUGUCUUACCUUAAGUCUGCUCUACAAUGCACCUGAUAAAUAAGUGUAAAAGAGAAACAUACUCACACAGGAAGUCUUGUCAUUUUCAUUGUCACUCUGCAGUUACUCUUUUUCGACAAGAUGGGCGACUCAGAAAUAAGAAUUGUCCUGCUGGGAAAAACUGGAACUGGGAAAAGCAGUACAUCCAACACCAUAUUCAGAGAGGAUGUCUUCAAGAUAGAUGAUUCUCCAAACGCUGGAACAAGUCAAUGUGCAAAAGAAACCAGAUCUGUCAAUGGAAGAAGCAUCACUUUGAUCGACACUCCUGGUUUCUUUGACCCAGACAAGUCUAAGGAGGAGCUGAAGGAUGAGAUAGUGAAGUGUAUCAUAGAGUGUGCUCCUGGGCCUCAUGUUUUUCUUAUUUUACUUAAAGUUUAGAAAUUCACAGACCAUGAGAAGCAGGUUAUUGUCGAAACUUUUUCUGAGGAGGCUUUCAAACAUGCUGCAGUUGUCUUCACUCAUGGUGACCAGCUCCCUGAAGGAAUGAAAAUUGAAGAUUUUGUCCAAAAGAAUAAAGAUCUGAGUGAUCUGGUGAAGAAGUGCGGUGGCCGGUGCCACGUCAUUGAUAAUAAACACUGGAAGGACAACCAGCAGGAUGAGUACAGGAGAAACCAGUUCCAGGUGGCAGAGCUACUCAACACCAUAGACAAUAAAGUGAUGGAAAACAAUGGAGGCUACUACACCAAUGAGAUGCUGCAGACAGUGAAGAAAGAAAUACAGCAGGAGGAGGAGAGAAUUAGACUGUUGUCAGUGACAAUAUCAGAGCAAGAUAUCAGAGAGCAGGCUAAAGUCACUGUAUCUCAGAAGUUUUUGAUCAGAGUGGCAGGUACUGCAACAGGGGUAUUGUUGGGGGCUUUGCUUGGUGUGUCAGCAAUGAUUAUUGUAGUUGUCACAGCCUUGUCGACAAAAACAACAGCAGUGGAGGCUGCAGUGAGAGCAGCAGGAGGAGCAGCAGUAACAACUGGAUUAGGUAUAGCUGUAGGAGUUGCUGCUGCAGCAGGAGCAGUAGUGAGAGGUUGUGUAGGAUAUCUUGAAGCUGAUCAAGCAAACUCAGUAGGGGAGGCAGUAAAGAAUGCAGCAAAUACCAUGUGGGACGAAAGUCUAGAAAGAUUUAAAAAUUUGCAAAUCAACAAAAGUGGGAAGAAAGAAUCACUUCUGAAAGAGAAGGUUGUAUAGGAUAUUGUGAAGCUGAUCAAGCAGACUCAGUAAAGGCAGCAGAGAACACAGCAAAGGCUGUUUGUGAUAAAGGUCUACAAACAAUUAAAAAAAUAGGAAACAUCAAAAAGCAACAGCAAAGUGAGGAGAAAGAGUCACUUCUGUCAGACAAGUGAAAUAAAUUAACUGUUACAGUGUUCUUGUUACUAUACUGUUCUAUAUAGUGCUUUAUUCAAACGCUUUACAAUUCCCAUUAAUCCAUUCCCAUUGUAUGGGAACUAUAUUUGCUCCUAAAAUUCUAACAUCUACUAAAUAGGCUUUAGUCACAUACAGUAUGUGUCCAUCUUGGAUCAAAAACAAGGCGAAGCAGGGAAACAAAUGCAGAAGUUAGUUUCUGUUUCACUUGACACUCCUUGUGAAAAAUAUCCUACUGUAGUGUAUCUUCUUUUGCCAGCUAUUCUUAUAAAAACACAGCAAACAUUUGACUUUUAAAAACAUUCUAUCAAGGGGUUUUAAUAUCUGGUAAUGACUUUGAUUUAUUAUUUCAAAAUGUUGCUCUUUGAAACUAGAUGUAUAUAAGAGUUCUUGAGAGAAUCUUUAAGAUUUUCAUGAGUAUAACCCUCUUAGUAACUGAAAUGUUUUGAAGUGUUUGUUAUUCUGAUUGUGCUUCAACUCUUUGCCAAUGAUACAGGGAAAAUGUUUCAGUUAUGUGUUAAAUUAUUAUCGUUUUUAUAUAAUCUCUUAUUUUGUUGUUGUUUUUUUUCUCAAAAUGAAAUUCUAAUAGCUAUACAGUGAAACAAUCCAUCACCAAAAUUGUUCAUUAUUAAGAAUUGUUUCAAAUGUCUCUUUCCUCAUAAAACCAUGAUCCAAAUCAUAGAAUUAUAACUGAUGUUGAGCCACCAACAGUGACACAGACCACAGCUUAAAUUAGCUAUUUGAUACUAAUAAACAAAUAAAUAACAACAGCUCGUUCAUGCUUCAAUAAUCAGUCAGUGUAUUCAUCAACAGCAACAUUUUCGUUGUUCAUUAGUAUAUUUGAAAAGCAAACUGUCAAACAAAGAUACACAUCAUGUGCCAUGGAUUAGCACUGGUGAACUCAGGGGGCAACCUCUGGGGCAAUGCCACAAAAGUGCCCCCACAGUAGAACUAACCUGAUAAAAUGCCCUCUAAGGUGCCCACACAAAGGAGAAAACAUACCAAAUAUCUGUAAUUUCUGUCUUAAUUAUGGAUAAAUCAGGAUAAAGUGCCCUAUAGAGGGCUUCUCUAUAUGUGACAAUCUGAACUGAAAUGCCCUCCUGGCUGCCAUUUCAGUGGAAGAAAAUGUGAUAGUGCCCUGUGAGGCCAGUCCAGCACUACAGCACAAGGGACUGCAAUGGCGAGGGUGUGUUGUUUGAGGUACCGGUGAGACAAUGAAAUACCAUAAAUAAUAAAUAAUCCAGGA